GUUGUAUAGCUCAGUGGGCGCUUGCGAAGGCAGUAUAAUACCGAGUUUUGUGCUUCUCGCUCUUCGCCCUUGCCCCCCUCGCACUGUCGAAGUCAGUCAUGCGCGUUUCUGUGAUUUCCCUUCUCAUCGUCGCCUCUGCUGCCUACCAUGCGGUCGCUCAGAGCGCCUCGGGCCUUCCGGCAGACACUUGCAUUGUGCAGUGCUUAAGCCAGUCUGCCUCAUCUGUGGGUUGCGAUACCUAUGCAGACUUGGUCUGUAUAUGCCAGGCCUCGUCAUACCAGAAAACAGUGACGUCGUGCCUGCAAAGCAAAUGCACUUCUGGAGAGACCAACUUGGCCCAAGCCUGGUACCAAGACUCAUGCGCGGCUGUGUCGGCCGCGCUAAGCCUUUCCUCUGAUGUCUCGACGUUCACCAAGGCCACCGCGACUUUGUCCAUUACGGAUGCAGCGCAAGCCUCGUCCCUCGAAUCCAAAUAUUCGUCAUUCACCGCAUUCCUAUCGGCGGAAUACUCGAGUAUCAGUGCUUCGUAUUCGCGAGACUACGACGUCCUCUCUUCGUCCCUGUCCGUGCUGGACGCCUCCGCGACCGCGACGAGUGCCAGCGCUGGGACAAGUGCUCGGUUGGAUGCCUCGGUGGUGAAGACUGGCUUGGUUUCCUGCGUCGUUGCAAUGCUCGGUGUGGCGUUCGGGGUGGUCUUGGUCUUCUAAUAGCGGUCUUAUGGCAAGUGGUUCUAUUCUAGGCGUGUUUUUGUGAAACAAAGUACUGUCAAGUGCUUUCAUUGGGUUCUGUAUCUCUCCGGGGCAUAUAUUCGGCUGCUUGUUACAGUCAUAGUUGUUGGAUGCGACGCUAUGUCGACUGGUAUGAUGUACAUAGAGGGGUCGUGAUAGUCGUGAUUCUUCAACUUGAAGCCACACGCCGCAGCGCUUUUAGUAGCCUAUCAUCCGAGUGCGACAUGCCAGUGCUCCGAGUCACUAGUUCCUUUCGACUGACCAAUUUCGUGACAUUUGCUGCAGGGACAUAAUCCUCAAUGCUAAAGAGGAUGUUCGUAGUGCGAGC